AUGGCUUCCACGUUGCGGACUCUUUCGACCCAGCUUCUCCCGAAAUCGCUCCGGAUUAAUGCGACGUCGCAAGAUGCAGGAUGCGGUCGCGAUUGUUCGCGAGCUCUGCGCUUCAGGUAUCCUCGCACUAACCAAUCCGUCGCGCGUUCGCCACUCGCUGCUACCAGAAUCACCGCUCUCUCCCGCACGUCCCCUUCAUGUGCCUCCAUUCUUGGAAAUCAAACCCCCCCAAGUGGAAAACACCUUGUCAAGUCGGGGGUGAGGGUGGCAGCGGUAGCGACAGAGGAGGGGGAGGAGGGGGAUGCAGUGUGCCUGGCAUCGGCUGAUCGCCCGCCGUUCGACCUCAAUCUGGCGGUGCUGCUGGCGGGAUUCGCGUUUGAGUCGUACAACACUCCCCAGGAGGACAAGGAGACCCUGUGGGAGGAGGACGUGGGGGGCUGUCGCACCAUCUUCACAUCCUACGGCUUUGCCUACGAGCUCUACUCCGGCCAGCUAAUCGUGGCCGUCCAAUCUGCCUCUGACGUGCCGGCCGUUGAUCUCUGGGGCACCAGCGACCCCUACGUUCAGGCAUCGGUGGGGGAGGCAUCUGUACGCACGCGCACCAUCUGGACGAGCACAGCACCGGAGUGGAAUGAGGAGAUCCGUCUGCUGGUGAAGGCAGAUGACACCUCCCCCAAGUACCUCAAGCUGUCCAUGUGGGACGAUGGAAUCGUCAUCGCACCCCGUCGCCUCGGAAAUGCCUCAAUCCGAUUGGACGAUCUCCUGGACGGGGAGACUCACGAGCACGAAGUGGCUCUGGAGGGCCCGGGAGGAGGGGCCACGCUGAAGCUAGCAGUCCGCUACCGCAGCUUUGCAGAGCUGGCGGAGGAGGAGAGGCGGAGGUGGCGCCUGCCUUCUCUGGACGACAUUUUCUCAGGCCAGCUCCCUCUCGUCUCCGGCUUUCAAGACGUCAUCACUUCAGCCUUGCAACCACCCUCCACCACACCUGCUGCCGACUCCUCCCCCGCUCCCACCGACGGCUCUGCUCCCGCUACCAGCCAACCGUCGCCGGCCAUUUCCACGUACGAGUUUGUCCGGUCUGCCAUCCAGCAGUUCGGAGCCCCAUCCGCCUUCCCAACGAGUCUGGAUAAGAUCCGAGACUCGGUCGUCCCACCCCAAUCCCCGCCACAAGCAGCAGCAGCAGCAGCAGCAACAGGGUCUGCUGAAAUCAGUGCAGAAAAUGCUGACACUGGUAGCAGUGGCAGGGAGGAGCAGGUGAGGCAGGCGGUGGGGCUGGCGAGGGAGGUGCUACUCAGGGCAGGCUGGAUCCCGCCAGGUGGCACCCUGGACCAGCUCAGUCAGGCGGUAAUGAGUGGUACUGACAGUGGCACUGGUGCCUCUGGCAGCAGUUCAAGCAGCAGCAACAGUGAAUCUGCCCCUGCUGCUGCUUCUGGUGGGUUUGAUCUGGGCUCUGCUGCAUCAGCUGCAGCAGGAGGGUUGCUGGAGGGGGCAGCAGGCGCAGUGGCAGGGAGGAUAGAGCAGCGGCGAGCGGAGCUGAGGAGAAGCCUCACAGACAUGGGCAUCACCCUUCCCUGGUACGACCAGAAUAAAGGGCAAGGGGCGAACGGACAGAGCAGCAGCUCUGGUGCAGCGGCAGCAGCAGGGGAGAUGCUGGAGGGAGCUACGAACGCGUUGGUGGGGAGGAUAGAGCAGCGGCGAGCAGAGCUGCGGAAAAGCCUUGUUGACCUCGGGAUUACCCUGCCCUGGUACGACCAGAGCAGCGGGCAAGGGGCAGAUGGGCAAGGGGCAGACAGGCAGGCAAGCCCCGCUACAGAUGUCACUGCUUCCCAAGAGCCGUCCUCUUUCUCCUCCUCCCUGGAUGAUCUUCGCAAGGCUGCUUUCCGGCAGACUGAGGGGGUGCUGGGGUCGCUCGCCCUGCUUGGCAGCACAGCUGGCAGCCUGCCAUUGGUCGAGGGGGAGACGAAGAGCGUGGGAGCAGCGAAACCCGAGGGUGAAACCGGUGGGGAGGAGAGUGAGGGAGCAAGCGAGGGAGUGAGUGAGGGAGCGAGUGAGGGAGUGAGUGAGGAAGAGGAGGAGGAGGCGCUGCGCAUGUUUGGGAGUGCAGAGACGGCGGUGGAGGCAUGGACCAUGCUGGCGAGCUCCCUGGGGCAGCAGACGUUUGUCAAGUCGGAGUUUGAUAAAGUAUGCUUCAUCGACCAUCCGCAGUCGGACACUCAAGUUGCUGUGUGGCGCGAUGUGCGGAGGAAGCGGAUUGUGGUGGCGUUCCGAGGAACCGAGCAGACGAAGCUAAAGGACCUGCUCACAGACAUCUCCCUCUCUCCGUCCAGCCUGGACUUCGAGCGAACCUCAUCUGGCGAUUUUGACCAAGAAGUCAUGGUGCACGGGGGUUUCCUUGCUGCCUAUGACUCUGUGCGUGCUCGCCUGCGCUCCCUCAUUGCCAUCAUCACCGACCCCAACCGCCCUGCACCGCUCACCGCUCAUUCUGCUGAUGCUGAUACGGGUGCUGAUGCUGACUCCUCGAUCCAUGCAGCUGACAGCCUAUCAAAGGGUGACACGUGGCGGGUGUAUCUGACAGGGCACAGCCUGGGGGGAGCGCUGUCGACCCUCUUUGCCUACGAGCUAUCCCAGUCCAACCUGGUCAGGGAGCGCAACAUCCAUCUCACCAUGUACAACUAUGGCUCCCCUCGCGUGGGCAAUGCAGCCUUCGUUGCCAGAUUCAACGUGUACAUGCGUGACAGCUGGCGCAUUGUGAAUCGCGCUGACAUCGUUCCCACAGUGCCCAAGCUAAUGGGGUACCGCCACGUGUGCUGCCCUGUCUACCUCAGCCCAGGAGGGCCUUCAGGUGACCUUCAGUCGGAUGCAUCGCAGGAGCAGCUAGGGGUGGAUGAUGGGUAUGCUGCAGAGGUGGUGGGGGAGGCCAAUGCCAACGACAUCCUAGAGGACUAUAUGAAGGGCGAGAGGAGACUGAUUGACCGGCUGCUGCAGACGGAGGUGGCGAUGCUGUCUGCAUUGCGGGAUGGGUCGGCCAUCAUGAUGCACAUGGAGGACUUUUAUUAUAUUGCGCUGCUCAAGAAAGUACGAGAGAGCCUGGGCGUGUCUCACCGCCCGCGCGAUUCAGCCACUCGCGACUUCCCUUGGCCGGACUUUGCGAGUCGACUCAACUCGCCUAGCCAUGAUGGCGAGCCCUAUUCGCCCGCCGCGCCCUCCGCUCCUCCUCCUCCUCCUGCGCGCGCUGCUGCUGCUCUCGUCGGCGCAUCUCCCCCUCCGCGCGCGCGCGCAGCAGGCGUGCUCCGCCACGGUGCUUUGCGCCAACAACCUCUGCUGCAGCAAGUGGGGCUUCUGUGGCUCCACCGCCGAUCACUGCGGCGCUGGCUGCCUCUCCGGGCCCAAACGGCAACGGCGUUUGCGCCGACAACCUAUGCUGCAGCGUUGCGGGCUAUUGCGGCUCCACCCCCGAUUACUGCGGCGCUGGCUGCCAAUCGGGGCCGUGCGGGGGAAACACUUCCGGCCCCGCUCCCCCUUCCGGUGCUCCUCCAUCCGCCAACGGGCAAUGCGGAGCAGCAAAUAACAACAGCACUUGCGCCAACAACCUAUGCUGCAGCGUUUCGGGCUAUUGCGGCUCGACACCCGAUUACUGCGGCGCUGGCUGCCAAUCCGGGCCGUGCGGGGGAAACACUUCCGCCCCCGCUCCCCAAUGCGGAGCAGCAAACGGCAACCGCGUGUGCCCCAACGGUUUCUGCUGCAGCAAGUUUGGCUGGUGUGGCUCCACCCCGGAUCACUGCGGCUCUGGCUGCCAAUCGCACCAUGGCCUCCGCACUCGCUGCUCGUCAGGUCCUUUCAGGACUUUCCUUCAGCUCUGCCGUCAGAGGCACCGAGCUUGCAACCCGCAGCCUCCCCGCUGUUCCCCUACUACCAGUCGCGCCCCGCGGACUCGGCGUCACCGCGCUCUUCAGCUCGCGCAAAGCCGCCGUCCCCGCUAAGAGCGUCCCCGCGACGAAGCUGCGCACAGAGGACGGCAUCUUCGGCACGUCGGGCGGGUUCGGGUUUACCAAGGCGAACGAGCUGUUCGUGGGGCGCGUGGCCAUGCUGGGCUUCGCGGCGUCGCUGCUGGGUGAGGCGAUCACGGGCGCGGGCAUUCUGUCGCAGCUCAACAUCGAGACGGGCAUUCCCAUCACGGAGACCGAGCCGCUGCUGCUCUUCUUCAUCGCAUUCACCGUGCUCGGCGCGAUCGGCGGGCUGGGCGACCGCGGGCGAUUCGUGGACGACGACGCGCCGGCGGGUCCGCCGGUGAAGCCGGGGAGCUUCAAGGCGGCGCUGGGGUUGAGCGAGGAUGGGCCGCUGUUCGGAUUCACCAAGGCGAACGAGCUGUUCGUGGGGCGGCUGGCGCAAUUAGGGUUUGCGGCAAGCCUGAUCGGCGAGGUGAUCACGGGCAGGGGCGCGCUGGCGCAGCUGAACAUCGAGAUUGGCGUGCCUGUGUGGGAGCUCGAGCCGCUGCUGCUCGCCAGCAUCGCCUUCUUCUUCGUCGCUGCCAUCAACCCCGGUACAGGGAGAUUCAUUAACGACGACGAGUGA